CACAGCGGAUUGGAGGAAAGUUUCUCUCCGAGUCCACACACCCCCACCUCGCAGAUAUUCGUGGUCCGGUGCGACUGUGAUUCCAGUUGUUUUCACAUCCCCUCGCUAACAAAGAGACUGGGAGCUGCUGCCUUACACCUCUGCGUAAAUGUAACGAGUGAUGCGAGACUAACGACUCACCCUCCUGUAUCGAGUUGAGAAGGAAGAAGACAAAAGCAAAAACCGCACUUUGCUUUCAAGGAGAGAAACAAGCGGAGAGUUUAAGCACCUUCACGCGGACCUGACUGAACAUAACAAGAGUGAAAAUGGUGUCGGCCGGACUGGAGAUUUUGGGACUUUCUAUGUGCGUAAUUGGCUCGCUCCUGGUGAUGGUUGCGUGCGGGUUACCUAUGUGGAAGGUGACGGCUUUCAUCGAAGCCAACAUCGUGGUGGCUCAAACGCUCUGGGACGGCUUGUGGAUGUCGUGUGUGGUGCAGAGCACGGGGCAGAUGCAGUGCAAGGUGCACGACUCCGUCCUCGCUCUCUCCCACGACCUGCAGGCGGCCAGAGCGCUCACCAUCAUCUCCUCCGUGAUGGGAGUGCUGGGUCUCAUGGUUGUGAUUGCGGGGGCACAGUGCACCAACUGUAUCCGCACUGAGUACAUCAAAGCUCGGGUGGUGAACGCCGGUGGGGUGAUCUACAUCCUCAGUGGCCUGUUUGUGCUCGUGCCCCUUUGCUGGAUGGCAAACAACAUUAUAUCGGACUUUUACAACCCGCAGGUGCCCGCAUCCAAGAAGAGGGAGAUCGGCGCUGCGCUCUACAUCGGCUGGGCGGCCACAGCGCUGCUGCUGAUCGGAGGAGCGCUGCUGUGCUGCUCCUGUCCUUCCAGCGGGAACUCGGGAUAUUCAGUAAAAUACGCACAGACCAAAAGAGCCGCCACGCAGAACGGGGACUAUGACAAGAGGAAUUAUGUGUAGCUAUGUGGCUCACAGGAGGUGACGCCUAAUAGUGAGCCUGCCGCUUUUGAAAAAACUGGUUUUUACGGACUUUAUCUUUGCACCAGCAGUUUGUUUGUUUUUUCAUAAAUUUGAACUUUGAAAAUCAGUGGAACCACCUCCAUUGUUUUUACACUGGCCCUUCAAUACGCUCGGACCACGUCCUUUAUGUGUCUGUCUACAGGAGAUUAAACAAAGACUAUCAACUACAGGAGGUAGCUCACGACGUAUAUAAAAAAAAGAGUAUCUUUCUUAGGUACCAGCUUUGUAAAUUCUCGAAAUUAUUAGUAUUUUGAAUUGUUUACUGCUGUAACUACAUGUUUUGUUUUUCUUUUAUUGAGGAACUCUAGCCACCGAAAAAUAUAGGCUGUUCUUUUGCCUUGAUGUGCAUUGUCAGCACAACCUUGUACAGUAACUGAGAAUGUUUGCACUCCCACGCGUUCAAAGACCAGUUUCCUUUAGGGGGACAAUUGACAACAAUGUCAAAGUAAAAUGUUGUGUCAAAGCCCUCAUAAAUCUCAGAUAAGCUUUUGUUUUGCUCAGAAGUUAAUAGGAGGGGGGUGGCUUUGAGGCUUGCUCUUAUUUUGGACCUGUAGAUUCUGUAGAUUUGGCCUAUAUGUGACAUGAAAAUGUGCAACAGAUGCAGUGUAGGCUACAGUCUCGAGAACCUGCAACUUUUCCCUUCAUUGUCCCUGCAGGAAGUCUUUUGUUUUUUCACAAUUUCCAGAAAUAAACUUUGUUUUCUGUUAUUGAUGUUUGAUGUAAUGAUUCCAUAUUCAUGUAUCUGAAGAUGCAAUACUGUUUCAUUUUAUUAAGAUUAAACUGAAUAUAUUGUAUAUAAUCCUCA